UGCAGCUUGAAGGAGCCGGCCAUGGAUUUCAGGCGUGUGAAGGAGUAUUUCUCCUGGCUCUACUAUCAAUACCAAAUCAUUAGCUGCUGUGCUGUCUUGGAGCCCUGGGAGCGAUCUAUGUUCAAUACCAUCUUACUAACCAUCUUUGCUAUGGUGGUAUACACUGCCUAUGUCUUCAUCCCAAUCCACAUUCGCCUGGCUUGGGAAUUUUUCUCAAAAAUAUGUGGCUAUCACAGUACAAUUUCUAAUUGA